ACGGAAAUGCAGCUCUCGGUGUUUUUCACAGUGUUGUUUCUAAGCACUUAUGUCUUGUGUUGGCCCUACGAUGAGUCUCUUAUUGAUUGGAAUCUCAAUCAGAACAAAAGCGCUCAAGGCCCUAUCGAUUAUUGGGGAGCAUGGCCGGACCAUGACUAUCAUCCGUCGCCAGAUAACUGGCGCUUCCCUACAUAUACAAUCUUCUUGGACCGCAUAUCUAAUGGUGACCCGACAAAUGACGAUAUCAACGGGACCCACUUCGAGCAUGUGGUCAACUCUAAUCAGAUGCGACACGGCGGCGACCUGGAUGGCUUGCUAGAUACGCUUGACUAUAUCCGUGGCAUGGGCUUCAAGGCCAUUUACUUCGCCGGGACGUAUUUGGAGAACCUACCUUGGGCCUACGAUGGCUACUCGCCGGCUGAUACCACUCUCCUCGACAAGCAUUACGGUACACUGGAGGACUGGAGACGGAUUGUCACAGAGAUUCACAAGCGGGAUAUGUACGUUCUGGUGGACAAUACGCUCUCGACAUUGAGCAACCUGAUCGGUUUCAAAGGCCACCUGAACGGCUCCGCAGAUUUCAAAGCAAGCGAAUACAAUAUUGAAUGGGUCACAGACAGACAAUAUGCCGAUUUUUCAUUUGGGAACACCUGGAACGACACAUGCAACUAUCCCAGUUUUUGGUAUGAGAAUGGAUUCCCGUUGACAACCAUGGGAGUCCAGGAUCUCAACGGUUGCUACAACAGCGACUUUGAUCAGUACGGAGAGCUAGAGGCAUUCGGUAAUUUCCCAGACUGGCAGCGUCAGCUCACAAAGUUUGCCUCGGUGCAGGAUCGCCUGCGUGAAUGGCACAAACCCGUUCGCGAUGUCAUCACUCGGCACUCCUGCUUCCAAAUCGCGAGUCUCGACAUCGAUGGAUUCCGCUUCGAUAAGGCCGUUCAAGCCACCCUCGAGCCCCUCAGCGAGAUGAUGGCCGUCUACCGUGAAUGCGCAAAGAAGCUCGGCAAAAACAAUUUCUUCCUGCCCGGAGAGAUUACAUCUGGAAAUGACUUUGGCAGUCUCUACCUUGGCCGUGGUCGUCAGCCAAAUCAGCGUCCGCCCUCUGCAGGUGCUGCCGUCACGCUCACGAACACCUCCGAGGGCAGUUUUCUGAGAGAGGAUGGGUUACAAGCAUUGGAUGCGUCGGCAUUUCACUAUACCAUCUACCGCUCGAUGACCCGUUUUCUGGGCAUGGAUGGUAACUUGGUUGCCGGCUUCGACCUGUCAACCGAUUUCAUUGAAGCCUGGAACGAGAUGCUUGUCACAAAUGACUUUUUUAAUGCGUUCACAGGAGAGUUAGAUCCCCGGCAUAUGUACGGCGUUUCGAACCAAGAUAAUUUCCGAUGGCCAGCAAUCAAGAAUGGCACGUUGAAGUACCUUUUGGGUCUGAACGUCAUCACAUUGUUACUUCCGGGAAUUCCUCUCAUUCUGUGGGGUGAAGAGCAGGCAAUGUAUGUGUUCGACGCCACUGCAUCUAACUACCUCUACGGCCGACAGCCCUUGUCGUCUCAAACUGCGUGGUGGACAAACGGCUGCUUCAACCUAAACACAACCAAGUUCUACGAUUUCCCGAAUGAGAAAGGACUUGAUGGCUGCAACGAUAUCACUGUCACAUAUGAUCAACGCAAUCCAGCUCAUCCACUCCGCAACAUAAUGAAACGAAUGUUUGAAAUUCGAGCUCAUUACCCGGUCGCAAAUGAUGGCUUGUUUCUUCAAACGAUUUCUCAACUCACGGAAGACAUCUAUCUCCCCGGUUCAUCGACUACUCCGACAGUCACCGGUCUUUGGUCGGUAUUGCGAGCCUACUUCCCGGCUGUCCAAACAGAGGCAAUCUUGGCCAACGAAACACUGUGGCUCGUGUAUCAAAAUGGAAACACGACGAAGACAUAUGGAGGCGGCUGCACCAACAGCAGCGCUGCCUUGUUGUCUCCAUUUACGUCGGGAAAAAGGUUGAGGAACCUCUUCUAUCCUUACGAUGAGCUUACUGUGGACGAUGGUCCUACCGACACCUACGGAUGCAUUAAAGGGGGCAUGGAGCUGCUUCCAUGGGAAUACCGCGCCUAUGUGGAAGCCGACAUGUUCGUGGAUCCCGGUCCUACCGUCACUGAGUUUAUCCCUGGUCAUGAUUCUCGGUUGCUGUCUGCAGAAAAUACGGGUGAUACCAUCCCGAUUCAGCUUGGAUAUUCCACAAAAAUGGACUGUGACAUUAUUACCAACGCGAUCACUCUGAACUCAAAAACGGAGCAAGGUAUCAUCGCCUCUCUUGAUACUGCUAGUGUCAGUUGCACCAAUGUUACGGCCAGGACGACAAGCAACGACUAUACCAGUGAGAUUCCGACUGUUUGGACAUGGUCUGCCAACUUGACAAAUGUCUAUCACGGAAUCCAUCAAAUAACUAUUGCCAACGUUUCCACGUCUAGCACAUCUGAAUUUUAUACCAACGCGACCGACAGCUUUUUGAUCCGCGUCGGUGUUCCUACCAACCCCUUGAUCACCCCGCUGUCCAAUUACUCUACCAGCCUCGUGCACAAAUAUGACGACGAGUACUAUGUCAAGCACAACGCCGCUGGUGCGGACAAGUUCCGGUAUUCAGUUGAUUUCGGCAGCACCUGGUCGAAAUGGACGACGUAUGAGGGCGGCAAUACGAGUGUCACCAUUCCGACUUUCACCGGGACUUCCGAGCAGGCGUGGAAAGGAACUCAUAUCCGCGUGCAAUACUUCUCAAGACUCACUGGAAGUAGCGACUACAUCCAGGAAGGUGAUCACGACUGGAAGGAAAAUUCUGCCCGAAGGUUCCCUCACUUGUGGUUCAACGGCCCAUUCAACCAGUACGGUUACGAUGCGGGAGUGAACAACGAAAUGCAGUUUGACUCCAAGACUUUGCGUUGGAACUAUGACUUUGUCUAUGAAUGGCCUGCCGUGGGACAGCUGAAUGCCUGGGGUAUAGAUCCGUCAAAUAUUCCUGAUAAUACGGAGGUCUACGGUGACGUCGGAAACUCCUCCACAAUAUUGAAGCUCCCUCCAUCUUACCUUUCGUCCAACGUGAUCAACUUCACCGAUUUACCCCCAUUCCCACAUCUUGGAUGGAAGAUCUCUCUCAAUGAUGCCAACCUAAGGUAUGAAAAAAUUCCCAUCGGAUCUGGAUGGGCCCAACUCGCCCUCUUCAUUCUUUUGUGCACCGGUCCGAUCAUUAUGGGCCUGGCCGGAGUCUUCAUCUUUAUCCGAACGUUCUAUCAAGUCAAACUCAACAAAUACGGCAACGCUCUCAAGGUCGAAACGCUACCUUCCUUGCUCUGGCACAAAGUCAAAAGAAAGUUUUCGAAGCAAGGUGAGACAGAGAACGCAAUUUCAGAAAAGGUUCUGCCGACGGGCAUCGCCGUGGGAGGGGUGGUCGACCAACAAAGACGUACGGUUUUAGUUGCCACCAUGGAGUACGACAUCCAAGACUGGAAACUCAAAGUCAAGAUCGGUGGUCUGGGAGUCAUGGCCCAGCUCAUGUCCCAGAACCUGAAGCACCAGAAUCUCAUCUGGGUGGUGCCGUGCGUUGGUGAUAUCGAUUACCCCGUGGACACGCCGAUCGAGCCCUUCGUCGUCACGAUUCUUGAUAGGCCAUACUUGGUGAAUGUUCAGUACCAUAUCGUGGAGAAUAUCACCUAUAUCCUGCUUGAUGCUCCGGUUUUCCGACAGCAAACAAAAGCGGAGCCUUAUCCACCACGAAUGGAUGAUCUUGAAAGCGCAAUCUAUUACUCGGCUUGGAAUCAGUGUAUCGCAGAGACAAUCAGGCGGACACCAACCAUCGACUUCUACCACAUCAACGACUUCCACGGGUGUGUCGCACCGCUAUACUUGCUGCCUACUCGAACCAUUCCGGUUUGUCUGUCCUUGCACAACGCCGAAUUCCAAGGACUUUGGCCACUGAGGACACAGAAAGAGAAGAAAGAAGUCUGCUCUGUUUUCAAUCUUCCAGUUGACAUAGCCACCAAAUACUGCCAAUUUGGAAAUGUGUUCAACCUUCUGCACACCGGUGCUAGCUAUCUGCGAUUCCAUCAGCGUGGUUUCGGUGCAGUUGGUGUGUCCCAGAAGUACGGAAAGCGAUCAUGGGCCCGCUAUCCAAUUUUCUGGAGUCUUAGCAACAUUGGCAGUCUUCCGAAUCCAGACCCCUCCGAUACAGGCUCUGUGGAGAAAGGUGCAGAAGUGCCGGUCACGAUUCAGUCCAAUGCCGAAUUAAUUCAUGAUAAGCUCCAGGCACAGAAAUGGGCUGGUCUGAACGAGGACCCUAAUGUAGACUUGAUCGUGUUCGUGGGACGAUGGUCCAAGCAAAAAGGAGUAGACUUGAUCGCGGACGUUAUGCCAGAAAUUCUAUCUGCCAGACCUCUUGUGCAAUUGAUCGUGAUCGGUCCUCUCGUUGACUUAUAUGGCAGACUGGCUGCGAUCAAGCUUGAGCGCAUCAUGGAAAUGUUCCCGGGUCGCGUGUUCUCGAGGCCAGAGUUUACGAUUCUUCCACCCUAUAUGUUUUCCGGUGCCGACUUUGCUUUGAUUCCAUCACGAGAUGAACCAUUUGGAUUGGUUGCUGUUGAGUUUGGCCGCAAGGGUGCUCUCGGAAUUGGUUCUCGCAUUGGAGGACUUGGACAAAUGCCCGGUUGGUGGUAUACUGUGGAAUCUGACUCGGCUCGCCAUCUCUUGCAUCAGUUGAGGACCGCCAUCGAAUCUGCCUUGGACUCAUCCCCGGAGAUUAGAGAGGAGAUGCGUGCAAACUCCGCCAAACAACGGUUUCCCGUCCUUGAAUGGGUUCAAAAGCUCGAAAUUUUACAACGAACUGCAAUCAAAAUCCAUCACAGCAAGAACAGGAACAGUGUCAUUAGUCUCACGCGAGAUUCUCAGACGGAUAGGGAUAUGCAGAGCUUGCGGCCUUUCUCUAGAUCCCGCCCUGUGUCUUAUCAGUCUAUGGCCGGGGGGUUGGAAACAACACGAGAGAGAAUAUCGGAGCCCAUUCAGCCUUCUCUUCUGGAGCUACAGGCAGUCGAGCUAGAAGAUAUGCAAAAGUCCCACGGCCGUAGAGAGAGCAUGUUGGUUCGCAAACUAUCUCUCGGUCGACGAACUGGACCUGGGCAGGGCAGAAAGCGUCUCGUCAAGAGAGCACUGCGCGAGAGUCAGCUAUUCGACGGUGAUACUACAGAGGCUGAAGAAGAUGGCACCGAGACGCCACAGGAGGAGAAUAUCUCUCCCGAAGACGUAGUGGCUGCAAUCAAUCAGACUCUCGGAGCCCAAGAUCUCAGCACAUCCUCACAGGAUACCAGUACCUCUCAUGGCGAGUCUACCUUCGGCUCUUCACGCUUUGUCUCUCGGGACAAUUCUCCAGUCAGAACACCCAUGCAUCAUGAUAGCCUCAUUUCUGGUAACACUACACCUGUGUACACACACAACUUUUCCGUUCUCUCAUUGGUGUCUGUCUUUGAGGAUCACGAUCAACCCGUCUUCAAUUUGCAAAAGGUCGACCCUACCUUCACUGACAGCAUGGGUUACUUCACGCGCAACUUCGACAAGCUGCUCACCAACCUCAACAAGAAGAAUUCGAUCACAGAUUACUGUAUCGAAAUAUAUUUGAUGAAGAGUGAGCGGAAGUUCUUUGACCUGUACACCGAUGCGCAGUUGAAAAAGCAGCCCAAGGUGGUGGAGCGGCCCCUGUCUGGAGCUGACUUGAAUCACCCUAUUCAUGAUCCGGAGUAUGAAAACAACUCGCCGCCCCAUGAACACUCUGAAUCAAAUGGAGCAGAUGGUAUCGAUCAAUGGCUCUCUCGUCUUGGUUACAAGAGACCCAUUGCCAUCCAGAGAUUCAUGAGAUGGCGGGUCGGGAAUUGGCCCGUCUACUCUCUAUUCUUGGGUCUCGGACAAAUUAUCGCGACAAAUUCAGCGCAAAUCACGCUCUUGGUUGGUCAAAUCGGUGAGACUGCGGUCAAGCUCUAUGUGAUUGCAGCAGUCUACUGUCUGUCGUCCAUUGGUUGGUGGUUCUUGUUCUACCGCUUCCCUUCCGUGAUAGUCCUUUCUCUGCCAUGGUUUAUCUACUCCAUUGCAUUCGUUAUCAUUGGGGCCUCGCCAUUCGGGCUCUCAUUUUUUGGUCGAGCCUGGGCGCAGAAUAUUGGUGCAGGGGUUUACGCCGCCGCAUCUUCCAGCGGCUCCUUGUUCUUUGCCCUCAACUUCGGUGAUCAGGGUGCCGUCCCAGUCAAGGAUUGGAUGUUCCGCGCAAGUCUGAUCCAAGGCAUCCAACAGCUUUACACGGUCGCCCUCUGGUUCUGGAGCUCCAGAGUCACCUCAGUGGAAGUGGCUGGCAUUCACACGGCUGCGUUGAGUACAUGGAGACUGACGGCCGUCGUGAUGCCCAUUGCCGCAAUAUGUUUCACCAUCGGUAUCCUCCUUGCCCUAGGACUACCCAAGUACUACCGUCAAGCCCCCGGGAAGAUUCUCUUCUUCUACAAAUCCCUCUUCCGUCGACGCAUUGUCCUCUGGUUCUUCUUCAUGGUCAUCAUUCAGAACUGGUUCCUCUCAGCCGUCUUCGGUCGCAAUUGGUCAUUCCUCUGGUCAUCCCGACACGCCAAGUCAUGGCAAGUCCUCAUCUUGGUCCUCUUCUUCUUUAUUAUUGUCUGGGUUCUUGCCCUGUUCAUCUUCCGCUUCUUAUCCAAAGAGCACAGUUGGAUACUACCUGUCUUUGGUCUGAGUCUGGGUGCACCGCGCUGGGCGCAAACAUGGUGGGGAGUAUCAAACAUCGGCUACUAUCUCCCAUGGGCCGGAGGUUUGACUUCUGGAGCCCUCAUCUCACGAUGCCUCUGGCUUUGGCUAGGUGUUCUCGAUGAGAUUCAGCAAAUCGGUCUUGGAAUGAUUCUCUUGCAGACACUGACAAGAGUGCACGUCUGUUUUGUCCUGUUGGCCGCACAGUCUCUUGGAUCCAUCGCGACCAUCUGUGCGCGUGCUUUUGCGCCCAACAAUUUGGGCCCAGCUGGCGUCUCUCCAGAUGUUGGCUCAUCUUUGGAUAGAGUUGGUAAUGCGUGGUUCUGGGUUGCGCUUUUCUUCCAGCUCUUGGCUAGCUUUGGUUUCCUUCUAUUUUAUCGACGAGAACAGCUCAAUAGGCCGUGA